AUGAAACAUCUCGAAGUUUGUCAAAAAUACUCCACAGUGUGUCAUAUUUUCUACUCUCUUCGUGGUGUAUCUUCUGGUAAUGAAACACUGCGUCCCAUGCUUGAUAUAUUACAUCAAGGAACAAACCCUAGUUACUUAUACACAAAUUACACUUUUCCGGGCGAGGUACUUUUAAGAUUGACAAUUUUCACAAAUGCCUUAAUCGUCAGAAUGCAGACAAUCAAACAAGCGGCCAAAUGACAAACUGGCCACUGUAAAACGCGUCAUUUUGCUGGCCAAACUGGAAAUGUGUAGGCUGAAAAUGCAUUGACCACCUUGAUUCUGGUUGGCUGGAGAAGUGUCAAACAACUCUCCUUGGGCAGUGAGGACAAUGAGAUCCUGAGGAUACCAUCUUGAUGCCAGGGUUGGCGCGAAUUUUUGAGUUUUAACUUGCUCACUUUGUAGUUCUGUAGCGAACAUUUGGCGUUUGGUGAUUAUAUUUUAAAAUGGAAGAACUACCAAAUUUGCAAAACUUGGACUUAGACAACAGUCAACUGGAUGAUACUGAGCAAAAAUCUCUAGCAAAAACUCCAAGAGAGCAACUGAGUGGGGAGUAAAAAAGUUCCAGAUCUAAAAACAGUAAGUCCAAUGGACUUAAGUGAAAUUCCGCGAAAGUUCUUCGCUGAUGUGAAAACAGAGUAAGGGCAAGAUUAACUCCAUGUGCAUUGACUGGAAUUAGGGUUUCCAUUCAGUGAUCGCCAUCUAACCUGUGUUCCACUCACCCGAACUAUAAACAUUUUGCCAGCAAGAGAGGGAAUUCAUGUCUUGAUCUAGUGCCAACAAAAUGUUUGAAGCGAAGGCCAAGCUAUUUUCGAAAGAAACAAUGCGAAACCAAAAACAAAAAUCUCCUAUUCAGUCAGGAGACAUGCAAAAAUUGAAAUUAUUCUUCAUGGAAGGGCAGAACGCGGACAGCGUUUUGAAAGAGUUUCAUUGUGUUUUCAUUUUGCUUGCCAUUGAAGAGAGGGAUGGCAGGAGCUGAUGUCUCUGGUAUACAUUUCUUUUUAUUACACGAAUUUGUACGAUUUGCCUUGUGUAUUGUUAAUAAUGAUGAUCUCAUGAUUUUUGGCGGGCAUGUAGUUUAUUUGUGGCCCGAGUAGCAUCAUUUGUGCCCGAGUGAGGCAAGAGUGCAAAUGAUGCUACGAGGGACACAAAACUAUAUGCCGGCCAAAAGUCAUGUGAUUGUCCUAUUUACAGACAAACCAUCAAAUCUACUGGGAUCCUGCGAAACUCAUUUCUAUGUUUUUUACAGACUACUUUCAAUGAGUCACUUUAGAGAACUGGUUAGCACCCACACAAUCACAUUUCCAUCUAUGAAUGA